UAUACGUAUAUAUGUCGACUACAUAUGUACGUGUGUAACUCAACUCCUAAACGCCUCUCUCACACUACGCCUCGUAUACUCAGAGAUAGGAGCUCGUAGUGUGGGUGGCGAGUAAGUAAGCUUAUGAUUAGGAAAUCAUUAUUGUUUAAGCACUUGAAGUGAAUUUAAGGUCAUAUAAUUUGAGUUAAACCUAAAUCACGUGUGUUUAUUUUUCUACUGGCGCAGUCGGUAGGAUCUGUGAAAAAGAUCCUUUUAAAACGAACCUAUAUUCAUUCUAUGUUCUAAUCGCAAAAGUUAAAUAUUAAAACAAACAAAAAUUAAUUUCUUACGUGAACUUAAAAAAUAUUAUGUGAAUGAUUCAAUAAAGAUAUGAAACAAUUAUAAUAAUAAAUAAAAGUGUUUUCUAACCUUAGCUGUUAAACAAAGUUAAAAUAAAAUAAGAAAAAAUGUACUUUGAAUAUAUAUUAGUACAAAACAAAAAGACAGAUUCUUAAUUUUCGUUUACCUUUUUGUUGGUAUUAUUAUACUUGAAUGACCUCUGGUUGUCUUUAAUUGAUUUCGGUCGACUUUCAAUUGACUUUGAUCUCAAACCACAAAUGGAAGUGGAACUUAGAAAUAGCACUUAGUGAAACAAAUAAAAAUAGUGCAAGCAAAAACUAAAAACUAAAUAAUAGCAACAAGUGAGUGCAUAAACAACAACAACAUAAUUGUGCGCUAUACUUUUGAACACUAAGCAGUCGGCAUACCUGCAUUGUUGUUUGUGUUGUAACUUACAAAGACUAUUCAAUUUUUGCAUUGUGUUGUUAUAACAAACAUAUAUUCGCUGCGAUGAGAGAUUUAAAUACUCCGCACUUUCCAAUAAAAAAAGAGUAAUAGAUGGACUUAAGUAAAGAGUUAGAAAAUUUAAAUGAGUACUUAAGAACCUUAGAUAUUAGCGCUGAAACAAACAAAAUAAACAUGGCUGAAGCACAACAAGUAAGAGAGCUGGUGAUGCAAAAUAUUAAACUAAUUCAGCCUUUUGAUGGUGAUGCUAAUUACUUAGCACUGUAUGUCGAUAGCAUUGAUUCCAUAAUGCCUGUGGUUGCACCAACGCAGCGGGCUGAGCGAGCCUUUUAUUUUAACUGCAUCUUAAGAACUCUACGAGGGGCAGCUUUGGACAUCAUAAGAAGGGAGCAGCCGUCAGAUUGGUCCACGUUAAGGGAACUUUUAAUUGAUGAGUUUGGAGAACACACUCCAAUUUCGACUCUUAUUUUACAAAUUAGUAACAUAAAAUUUAAAGAAAUGGACGUAGAAGAAAUACGCAAUAAUCCCCAGUCGGUGAGGUCCGUAAUCACCGCAAAUGCAGCAUCCGCUACCCCCAUCGCCGCACCAAGGAGGCAACAAUCCUCCGUUCCACCAGUCAGGGAAGCAGGCGAGGAGCACUUCGAGGAAUACGUACCGCCACGAUGUAGCCUAUGCCGUCGACCCCAUUUCUUAAAGAAGUGUACGAUCUUCAAAACGAUGACGCCCGCUCAGCGCCAACAGAUCGCUAGAGCCCACGGCCACUGCAUGACAUGCUUGGCAGACACGCACGCUACGAUGGAGUGCAUGUCAGACGGGUCGUGUCAGUACUGCCACCGACCGCAUCACACAUUAUUUCACCGCUUCCCUCGACGCGCUGAUCAGUCAGCGCACACCAGUCACCGGCAUAAUCAACAGCGGCACAGUCAACGUGGGAAUCAAGUGCAACGCCGAAGAGCCCAUCGUGCUAAGCAGUCUCGAGGUGCACGUUUGCAUACACCACCACAACAUAGUCAUCGCAACCAGCGAAAAGCGACGGGAUCCAGUGCUGUAGUGAGUACUCUUCAAAAACUACAGAGGCUUCUAGGCAAUUAAUUCGCCUAGGGAGGCCGGGAUGUUCAUGCGACUUCAUGGUAUCUCGCCCCACAACACAACAUUCAUCCCACAACACAACAUUCAUCAUACAACACAACAUUCAUCUAACACAACAUACAGCAUCACACCACGCAACCCCACGCACCAAACACUACCAUACCACAACAUACAUCGUUUUCACCACCUAACCGAUCAAAAAGGAUGGGUUAGAUCGGGGUGCCCACAAUUCGUUUUACGCCGGUAAUCUAAGCACUUCGCCCUUCUUUUUUGAUCGCCAACUCGUUCCCGUUGAUCCGCCAACUUACAAGCGUUUCAAAGUUCUGGUCCAAAUUUGGAUUCCCAAUCCGGUCGCGUGUGUGAGUGCAGGACGCAGGAGCAUCAGGAGCAUCAAUAGUGAAUAGUGAACAGUGUAAUAAAAAAAAACCCUAAAGAAUUGUACAUAUCUGGAAAAUCUUGGAAUUUGUAUUGUACAAAUAUUGAAGUUUCGCCCGCAAAGGGAAAUAAACACCUAUUUACAAAUUGUUACCUUUUUCCCCACUAAAA